AUGAACAAACUCAACGCAGGCCAGAAGAAAGGGGUUCAGGAAUUCGUUGCGGUCACUCGGACGACCAACACGAACGCGAUAAAAUAUCUGAAGAAGUUCGCGUGGAACUUACAAGCGGCGGUGACGGACUUUUUGGAACAUCCACCAAAAUCGACUGCGUCGUCGUCGAGUGGUGGUGGUGCGUUUUCGGAAUCGACUUUGGAAACGUUUUUCCAGAAGUACCAAUCGGAAGAGACGAAGAAAGAAACGGCCACGGAUAAGAAAGAAAUCGAUGCGGAAGGAAUCAUGCGGUUCUUCGACGAUUUAGGCAUCAAUCCGGAGUCGGAUUUGGUCACUUUAGUUUUAGCGAAUAAGAUGAACGCGCAAGAGAUGGGGAAAUUUACGCACGAGGAGUUUACGAGCGGGAUGAGACAACUCCAGUGCGAUUCGAUGGUAAAGUUGAAGAAGAAAAUACCGGCGAUGAGGCAGGAAUUGGUAGACUCGUACGCGUUUAAAGCGGUGUACGAAUACGCGUUCAGAUUCUCAAAGGAGGAAAAUCAAAAGGCGUUGAAUUUGGACACGGCGUGCGCGAUGUGGGAACUUUUGUUGAAAGAUAAGUGGUCGUUGUUGGAUAAAUGGUGCGAUUUCUUGAACCGAGAGCAUAAGAAGGCGAUUUCAGGGGACACCUGGAAUCAAAUUUUGGAUUUUUCGAGGGCGUACAACUCUAGUUUGUUCGGGUACGAUGCAGAAGGGAAGGACGCGGCGUGGCCUGUUUUAAUCGACGAGUUUGUCGAGGAGCAGCUCGAGAAGUUAAAAGAAGGGAUGAAAUGA